GUAUGUGUAUUUUAUUUACAUCAUUCUUAUUUCCUAGUCUUUGUAUGUGUAUUUUAUUUACAUCAUUCUUAUUUUCUAGUCUUUGUAUGUGUAUUUUAUUUACACCAUUCUUAUUUUCUAGUCUUUAUAUGUGUAUUUUAUUUACACCAUUCUUAUUUCCUAGUCUUUAUAUGUGUAUUUUAUUUACACCAUUCUUAUUUUCUAGUCUUUAUAUGUGUAUUUUAUUUACACCAUUCUUAUUUUCUAGUCUUUGUAUGUGUAUUUUAUUUACAUCAUUCUUAUUUCCUAGUCUUUGUAUGUGUAUUUUAUUUACACCAUUCUUAUUUUCUAGUCUUUGUAUGUGUAUUUUAUUUACACCAUUCUUAUUUUCUAGUCUUUAUAUGUGUAUUUUAUUUACACCAUUCUUAUUUCCUAGUCUUUAUAUGUGUAUUUUAUUUACACCAUUCUUAUUUUCUAGUCUUUAUAUGUGUAUUUUAUUUACACCAUUCUUAUUUUCUAGUCUUUAUAUGUGUAUUUUAUUUACACCAUUCUUAUUUCCUAGUCUUUAUAUGUGUAUUUUAUUUACACCAUUCUUAUUUUCUAGUCUUUAUAUGUGUAUUUUAUUAA